UCCACUCCGCUCCACUCCGCUCUCCUCCAGCCUCGCCAGGCCCUCUCUCUGCCCGCGGGAGCUCCUCGGCUGCGCAGCGGCGGCCAGCUCGCUAGGCAGCUGCAAGCGACCUCAGAGGCAGCAGCGGCCAGCUCGCUAGGCAGCUGCAGGCGGCGCCCAGGAUGAAGUGCAAGCCGAACCAGACGCGGACCUACGACCCCGAGGGCUUCAAGAAGCGCGCCGCGUGCCUGUGCUUCCGCAGCGAGCGCGAGGACGAGGUGCUGCUGGUCAGCAGCAGCCGCUACCCGGACCGCUGGAUCGUGCCGGGAGGAGGCAUGGAGCCCGAGGAGGAGCCGGACGGCGCGGCGGUGCGCGAGGUGUACGAGGAGGCGGGAGUCAAGGGGAAGUUGGGCCGCUUGCUGGGCGUCUUCGAGCAGAACCAGGACCGCAAGCACCGGACCUACGUGUUCGUGCUCACCGUCACCGAGCUGCUGGAGGAUUGGGAAGACUCGGUCAGCAUCGGCAGGAAGCGCGAGUGGUUCAAGAUCGAAGAUGCCAUCAAGGUCCUGCAGUGCCACAAGCCCGUGCACGCCGAGUACCUGGAGAAACUGAAGCUGGGCGGCUCCCCUACUAAUGGGAACUCCGCUGCCCCGACCCCGCCAGAGAGCGAGCCCUAGUAUGUACCGCUCCCGCCCGGACUCUUGCCUGUCGCCUCCCUUGCACUUGCCUCCUGCCUGCCAGGGGAGCACCUCUCCUGCCCUGUGCGCCCGCCCGCACGGGCAGGAGAGAGGCUUCUUUUGUUUCCUUGGCAGGCAGACCUCUGAAUCACGCUUGCAAACUGUCUCUGUUGCCAGGCACUGUUUGCAGACAAUUUGCACGUUUUUCAGAUGCUUUUCCAAUCGCUUCUUGGUGACACUGUAAAAAUCUCGCGGUCAGCCACAGCUGCAUGGGAUUU